AUGUCCGUUGUUCCAAGUUCCAGCUUAGAAGGCAAAGUCGCAGUCGUUACGGGCUCAAGCCGUGGCAUAGGAGCAGCUAUAGCUCUCGAGCUUGCCCAGCGUGGCGCCAAGGUCGCUGUUAAUUAUCUCAACAGCGUUAGUGACGCUGAACAGGUCGUCGAGAGGAUCAAGGAUCUAGGAAACGGGUCAGAUGCCGCCCUCUUCCAGGCAAAUGUUGACAACAUUGAAGAGACUGGAAAACUGAUGGACAAUGUUGUUGCCCAUUUCGGUAGACUCGACAUAUGCUGCUCCAAUGCGGGCAUCCACUCUUCUGGCCAUUUCAGCGAUGUUACAGCGGAAGAUUUUGACCGUACCUUCACAACAAACACCCGUGCUCAGUUCUUUGUUGCACAGGAGGCGUACAAAAGAAUGGAGGUCGGUGGCCGGAUUAUAUUCACGAGUUCCAUCACUGCGCAGGCAAAAUCCAUCCCCAAACACGCGGUAUAUGCGGGCUCCAAGGGAGCUAUCGAGUCGAUUGCACGUUGCAUGGCGGUAGAUGCUGGGGACAAGAAGGUCACAGUCAAUUGCAUCGCUCCUGGUGGUGUCAGGACCGACAUGUUCUACGCGGGCCGAGAUAAAGUCGUGCCUGAUGACGAAAAAGAUAAUGUCGAUGCGUAUAUCUCAAGACUGUCCCCACACCAUCGCAUAGGUGAGACUUCCGAUGUCUCCCGCGUUGUUGCCUUUCUUGCUUCGCAGGAUGGAGAGUGGGUGAACGGAAAGGUCAUUGGCAUUGAUGGUGGAGCCAACAUGUGA